CGGCCACAUAAUGAUGCUACGAUCAAAUUGCUGCAUUUCAAAUUGCCCUUACACGGCGAAACAACCUUCGUUCCUUAGACCAUUUCACCGUAUUUCCUCCAGUCUCUCCUCUGGUCGCAUCAACCUUCACGGUGGUUCCGCCGCCGUAUCCUCCUCACGCCUCCGUGAUCUCGUUUUCGUCGUAAACCCUCAAGGAGCUAACGGUAGAACAGCUAAGGAGUGGAAGAAGUUGCUUCCUUACCUUCGAUCUCGUCUUUCUAAAGACUGUAAUAUAAAAGAAUCUUUAACAACGGGUCCUUCUCAUGCCAUUGACAUUACAAGAGAGGCUAUUAAGGAUGGUGCAGAUGCUGUGAUUGCGGUAGGAGGUGAUGGAACACUGCAUGAGGUUGUUAAUGGUUUCUUUUGGGAGGGAAAACCUGUCAGUAAUCUCAAUGGCGAAGCUAGUCAUUCAGCUGCACUUGGUCUGAUUCCCUUAGGUACUGGCUCGGAUUUUGCUAGAACGUUUGGUUGGAAAAAUGAUCCUUGUGAAGCUGUGGAGCGCAUUGCCAAAGGUAUACGAUCAAGUGUUGAUGUUGGUGUUAUCGACCACGAAGGAAGAGAUUUGCAUUACUUCAUUAACGUUGCUGACGUUCACUUGAGCGCAAAGGCAGGUUUUUACGCAUCAAAGUACAAGAAAUUUGGAAGCUUAUGCUACGUUAUCGGUGCCCUCCAAGCUUUUAUGGGACAUCAUAACCGAGACAUGAGAAUCAAGGUCAAUGGAGGUGAAUGGGAGAUAUAUCCUCAAGUCACAGCUCUCUGCGUUGGAAACGCUAAGUACUUUGGUGGUGGAAUGAAAAUCACUCCCAACGCUGUCCCUGGAAAUGGAAAUCUUGAGGUUGUGGUUCUACAAGAUUUCAAAUGGUACGAUUUCAUUCUAAAACUUCAUAAGCUAUACAACGGGACGCAUCUCUCUGUUCACAAUGUUAGCUCAAGAAGUGUACAAAGCAUAGAAGUUGAGGAGAUCUCAGAAAGUGGAAGUAUAUAUGUUCAGUCAGAUGGAGAACAUCUUGGAUUCCUACCUAGAAAGUUUCAGGUUUUACCCAGUGCCAUCGACAUGAUCAUCUAA